UUUUUUCGAUAUAUAUCUUGAAAGACUGUUUCGAAGUCACAGUUAUAAUAUUGACCUGACUGCCUAGUUGAAGUCAGAGUUCCUCCGAAAAAAAUUCAUUAACUAUUUCAUUCAUCAUGAAAGACCUAAAGAAAGGAACCGCAAAAGGAAGCGUGACAGGAUUAUCAUUCCGAAAUUAUCAUGAGGAUCGGCAAGCAAAGAAUUCAGUUGAAAAAGUAAUUGAUUUACCGAGAGGAGGAAAAUUGCCGAUUGUAGGAUUCGGAACUUGGAGUGCUUUCGCCUCCUUUUCCGACGAGGAAGUCGAGACUGCUGUGAAUGCGGCCUUAGAAGCAGGAUAUAGACUCAUUGACUGUGCUCGCGCUUAUUUCAACGAAAAAGCGAUUGGAAACGUUUUAAAAAAAUGGAUUGACUCAGGAAAAAUUACUAGAGAUGAACUUUUCAUAGUGAGCAAGUUACCACCUACGGGAAAUCGUCCUAGUGGAGUGGAGAAACAUUUGAACCAAACGUUGAACGACUUACAAUUGGAUUAUUUGGAUCUCUAUUUAAUUCACGUGCCGUGGACUUUUGAGGAAGUCGGCGAUGAAUUGAUUCCGUUUAAUGAGGACGGAGAGGUAAAAUUGGACAUGAGUACUGACAAUGAAGCCACUUGGAAGGAAAUGGAAAAACAGGUUAACGCAGGAAAAGUUCGAGCCAUUGGCCUCUCCAAUUUCAAUAUUCAACAAAUUGAAAGAAUCAAUAACAUUUCAGAAAUUUCCGUUUCCGUAAUUCAAAUGGAAAUGCACGUCUACUGCCAGCAAAGAGAACUUCUCGAUUUCUGCAAAUUGAAUGGAAUUGCAGUAAUGGCGAAUUCUCCCCUUGGAUCACCAGGUCUCGCCAAGUUCACCGGAAAACCAGAAGCAAACUUCUAUCCACUGAAAAAUCCAACAGUUCAAACGAUAGCCCAGAAACAUGAAAAAACUCCAGCUCAAGUUUUACUCAGGUUUUUAAUACAAAAAGGAGUGUCGGUGAUUCCAAAAAGUUCUAAACCACACAGAAUCCAGGAAAAUUUUAAAGUUCUCGAUUGGACUCUGGAUAGUUCAGAUAUGACGGCUCUGGAAAGUCUUGACAAAGGACCAGAAGGUCGAGUAGUGGAUUUCGUCAGUUUCUUUAAAGGCGUCGAGAAACAUCCAGAAUUUCCAUUCAAAACAAAAAACUGAAGAGGAAGCUUAUAUUUUUCUUCAAGAAGUUUAAAAACUUGUGCAUAUGUGUAAAAUAAAAUAUAUUUAAAGUGAAAAUA